AGCAGAACGUCGCGUAACUUCGCCACGCAGCCGUUCCCCGGUUGCCUGGCAACCGCCGAACAUCCUAGUGCCUCGCGCUGCUUCGGUUAGGGCGUCUCGGGGCGGCCUCUCCCCCUCCUCUCCCAGCUGCCAUGGGGGCGAUGCUUCGCCCUGAGGUGCGAUUCGGCAGGCGCAAGGGGCAGAUGCGAGAGGUUGCGCCAAAUGAUGAAGAUGAUGUAAUGGAGGGACUAUUUCUUCCAGUGGGAGUAGAUCUUCACCAGAUAACCAUUUUGCCCAAAGCAGAAUGGCAAAGAAUUCAAGACAGUCUCACUGCUCGUGCAAGAGAAACAGCACAGAUUCUUGCUGAAAAGAAAGCACGGAAAGAUUUGCACUUAAAAUCUCAAGCACUUGUGAAAAAUUGGACACAUACUAUUGCAGGUAUGUCACAACAAAAACUGAAAGCCAAAAAAGUGCGGCAAAAGAUAGAGGAAGAAGAAAAAAGAAAGGCUGACCUUGAAGAAGCAAAAUACCAAGCACAGAUGCGAAAAGAGAAAAUAGAAGAAGCCAAAUUGAAACAGUAUUAUGAAACCGAUAGAGUGAAAAGUUUUCAUAGAGCCUUAUUAUAUUCUGAAGUUUUAAAGGAAAGAGAUGCUCAGAUUGAAUUUAAAAAGCAACACAAGAAUUUGUACAAAAGCAAGAAUGAGGCAAUAGAACGUGAACGUCUAAAAGCUGUACAGUUACAAGAAGAAAAAGAUAAAUUACAGCACAUGAAGAGAGUGCAGACUGCUAAGGAUCAACUGGCACAGAUAAAGGAACAUGAAUACUUAGCAAACAUAAGCAAGUUAGAAGAGAAAAAAGAAAUGGAAGAACUUCAGAAGUUGACCAAGUUAUAUUAUUUGGAAAUGCAGGAAAAAGAGCAAUCACAACGUGAAGAGAAGGUUAAACGAAGACAAGCCCAUCUGGCAUAUGUUGCUGACCAGGUAACUCUCAGAGCUAUAGAAAAGCAAAAACAAGAAGAAGAGGAUGAGAGAAUUCAAACACAUUUUAAAGCAAAGCAAGCAAUGGAUAAGUUGAAGAAAACAAAGGAAGAAGAGUUACGCAGAUUAAUGGAAGAGCAAAGGGAGAGGAUUACUAACCGUCUUUUAGCACGAAGCAAAAAGAAGAUGGGUGAUGAAGAUGAGCGUGUUGCAAGAGAAAUUGCAGAGAAAGAAGAGGAGCAAGCUAAAGAGGAGCAAGCUAAAGAAGAAAAACUCCAGGCGGAUCUGAAAUCCAUUGCAGCACACAGAAUCAACGUGAUAAAAAAGAAAGAAGAAAAGGAAAAAGAGGAGAAAUUGGAAGGUCAAAAAAUACUUAUUGGACUGAUGGAAGCAGACCGGAUCUAUCAAGAACUGGAGAAGGAUAAAAUACAUAGAAAUUAUUGUGCAAAUUUAAAAUUGCAAGAAGCUCAUGUUGCACAGAUAGCUGAUAAAAUAGCAAGAGGAGAAAAUGAGAAGCAACAAGAUGCUGAGUAUGUCAGACAGCAAGAAUUGAUUGCGUUAUGCACGGAGCAGGAGUUCCAGAAAUAUGCAAAUAAAGUAAUUGAUCAGCAAUCUAAGACUACUCAGAAUCUCUACCCACUUCUCAAAAGACUGCAUGAAAGCAUUCGUACUUCCAGUGGUCCAGUUUAUAGUGAAGAUCAAUAUUGCGGUGAGAAGCGGUCAAUUCAACCACCCUACACAGGCGAAACUGCUCAAGAAAUGAAGCUAUUAAAUGAACAAAAAUAUGAUGAUACUAAAACACGAUUAGGAUUUACAUGGUAAAAACAUUUGGAAGGAUCAAAUAGAAGUGUAACAUCUUUUUCAUAAUCCUAAUUGUGAAAAGUAGAGUAAAAAGAAGCAAGUUUAUAAUAAAAAUUGUACCUUGAUAUAGCUGUCUUUUGCAGAAAGCUCAGAAAACUAUUGAGAUGAAACAAUGUACAAUGUUUUUAAGCAGAAUUAAAACUGCAAGGUUUAAAAAGAAGAAAUAUAAUUGUAGUGAAAUUCUAAUUCAUAAUUCCAACUUGACAUUUUAUUUGUAAUUUAGGAAGAAAUUACUUGCUGAUUAUUUUAAAACUUUUGGUUUGGAAAUAAAAUGUAGUUGAUCCAUUGACUCUUCCCUUGUUUUACUGUGGUUUAUAUCUGAUUUUCUACUAUAACAAAUACUCAGGAUGGAACAAAAUUCAGUAAGUACCAGUAUAUAAAUUCUAACGUUAGUCAUUAAAAACAUGGCAAAAAGAUAUUUCUCCAGAGAUUUUCUAAAUGACUAAAUGUAACUCCCAAAGGUAUGCAUUCUACUGCCUGGGAGAUACAGUAUAUAAAAGAGUCUUCCAUUCUCUCAUGUCUUAAUGUUUAAUACCAUUACCUUAAACAAUUCUGAGUAAGCAAUAGGUCAUCAAUGCAGAUCUUUUGAUAAAACUCUACUAUGAUCCCAGAGCCUCACAGUAGUUAGCUAAUUGCAAUAUUUUGCAACAGUUUUCCAAGGGUAGCCCCAUGCAGAGUGGAUUGUAGCAGUUUGGAUGUGAUACCUUGUCAGCUUUGACCAGCUCAGAAGCUUGUGCAUCACAGUUGCUGUCUGUACAUUUCAUUUCAAUGGAGCAUAGUCCCAAAUGAUGUUUUCUUUCACAGCAAAUACAAUCCAUCUGAAAUGGGCUAAAUAGGCUCAAUCUCUGAGUCCAAUAGCUCGGCUGCCUUGCCUGGAUCAAAUUUUAGCAUGUUUCCCCCAUUUACCUCAUUAUUGCAAUUAGGCAACCUCAAUGAUACAAUGUUAUUUGAACCAUUAUUUGCUGGUGGAUCUCCCCUGCCUUGGAGCAGGGCUCUCUUUUUCGCAACCCCUCACGCAUCACUCUAACCACGGAUGCGAGUCUGCAAGGCUGGAGAACUCACAUUCUGUCGCACACAGCCCAAGGCCUUUGGUCACGCUUCAACUUGAAUAGACUGUCUUGAAUAGACCCACUAAGGCUGAAAGGGCAGGUGUCAAGUCCUCAUCAUCCGAAAGAUCAGAAUCCCGGGUUACUUGUUCCUCAGAUUCUGCAGCAGAGGGCUGAGAAGUACUUCUAGGGGUAGUCCCCUGAGAACAGCAGGACUGGCCCUUAUUUGAUUUAUUAGAAGUGGAACACUGAAGGGUGAUAGCAGUCAGGCCCCGGUGCUGAAGUCCUGCUGCAAUCCCGUUCUAUAGCCGCUGCUAUGAUGUCAGCCAUCUCAUUAGGAUUGACAGUAAUAGUUCUGGGGGAAGAGGAACCCACAUCUAUGUCCAGAGUGACAUUGCCAUCCCCUUCGGAAUCAUACUCCUCUUGAAACCCAAUCCCAUCCUCCAGGUUCAAGGGGGAAGCAGGAGUGGAAAUAUCUCCAUCAGUGUCAGUAGAGAGAUCCUCAGGAGGAUUGACCACUAUUUGAGGAGAAACCACUGGGGUAGAGAGACGAGCAGUACAAUGCUUAACCCUAGAGGUAGACUUUCGUGGAGCCGAAUUUGAGGCUUUGUCAUGGUCUGAACCAGGGGCAGGAAUGUUUGAGGCCUCCUGAGAGGAAAGUUUUAGAGGCCUUAGCCGGCUUGGCUGAUGGUGACUGAGAAGCAAAGAUUCUCUUUUUACUCCAUGGUUCAGAGGGGAGAGAAGGAAUGGUGGCUGGAGGAGAUGGAAUAUCCCUGAGGGGUAGAGGUCUCGUUGGCUGACAUUACUCACGGUUGGUAGCACACAAAAUGACUGCCAGUUUUCCCGCCCAAAGAAAAUGGCCACCGGAAUAGACCAGGCCUUAGGAGAGAUUGAGGGAGUGAACCGACAAGGCGGCUAAACGCUCGAUGGAAUUAACCACUUGACAAUGGCCCCGGUGCAAGGAGAAUGAUCACCCAAACAGAAGUACCAUCUGCAGUCAAAAGGAGGAACACUGCUGAGGCGGCAAGGAAGAGCGGCGGCAUGCGAAACACCCUGCACUCAAGCAGCUUUGGGGCAGCUGCAGCGGUUCGAUGAUUAUUCAGCCAAUGAGAUAGCAACGAUCGUAGGUUCUUCUGGCAGUGUGGCUGCAGCGAUCAGCUCUUCGGGCGGUGCGGCUGCAGCAAUCGGCAAGAUAACCAGAGCCUGAGGUAAAACCUUGUAGGCUAGCCUACGAGGGUCGAGAGAGAGCGAGGCAAGAGCCUCUUGGAAGGCUACGAAGCCUCCCAAGCAAAAAUCCACAGCCAAUUGAAUUAAAUUUGGAAAGCGAGCCAAUUAGAAGAAAUUUGGAAAUUUUUAGCAAUUUAGUUUUUUUCACUUUAAGAGUUCUUGGAGUAUUCAUUACUCUUACAAUCUUCCAUUUUAUUUUUGGCCUUUUUUAAAAGACUAGUUGAGCUUGGGGGAAAAAAAGGACUACAUUCAAAUCUUUCAAAUUUCUGCUAACUUAUUCCAGUUCCUCACAGCCAACACGACUCCAGAAUCCAAUCAGAAAAAUAGAAAGAUAUGCAAGAAUAUUUAUAAAAUGUUCUUCUGUUGAGUUAAAGACCAAUUUAAGGAACGAUAGUAUAGUCCAAUUAAUGCCUACUUAUAAAAUAAACUCAAUUUAAUUCAGUUUUAUUUUUACUUAUUAGGCUGACAAUCCACAAAAGCCUAACAUGCGUAGUUGUAAGCAGUAUGAAAACAAGAAAGCAGAAUGAGCAUAGAAGUAUCAAGCAUUUUGCUACAUGUAGAUUUUGCUUCAUGAGUAAGUAUCUAAAGCACAUCUUCAAAAAUAUCAACUAUGGUGAUAAAAGAGUAUAAAAACAGCUUUAAGAGUCUCAAAAUACUUUUAAUGUACAAGUUACAUGUUCCAUAUGAAGCAUUCACAUUUUCACAUCUUUCCCAGAUGAGAAUUACAAACUAUAAAACUGUCCAAAAGCAUGAUUUUCUACUCUGCAGGCAAAACCAACAGAGUUAUAUUAUCCAAAAAAAAGAACCUUUCAACAAAUUGAUCAUAGACCCCUGCAAACUGCCACUUGGUACAGUGUCGACUAAAUACAAACUCAUCAUGGUUCAGUUACUCACAGUAAAAAAUACAUUUAAGUGAACACACCAGAAUUAACAUACAUUUCUUUGCAAUUUUA